AUGAUGGGCCAAACACGUUUCAUAAUGAAUACCAGUGUCACAGUGUUAAUAUUAUUCCUUACACAUAGUUUAGGAUUGACUCCGCAGUGCAGGAAUGAACGAGGAGAGCCAGUAGAUUGGUUCUAUGUUUACAAGUUACCCAGGGAAAGAAACCAUUUGAAUCCUUUAGUAAGACGAGGUGUAGCUUACAUGCAUCUGACACCAUCUAAGCUUAGAGGGGGUUGGAUUAUGUCAGAUUUAUCAAUUGGUGACCCUCGUUCAAUGGUUGGCAGAACCUUAGCACCUUUAUAUCAGGAUAAAAACACAAUUUCAGUAAUUUACAAUGACCAACCGCCAUCAACGGAAAAUAAGCCUGAUUUAUUACAAUCUGUGGCAGAAAUGUAUUCUAAGAGUAAAAAAGGCCAACAGAACCAAUCUACUAUGAAAAAAUAUAAAAAAUUCAAACUUGGUGACAAAUACUAUGAUGAUUAUGAUUUAGCUGAAAUGUGUAAAAUGCAUUCGAAAUUCAUGAAAACUAGAGUAGAGAAUGGCCAUACUAAAGGUGUUAUUCUUGGUGACAAGUUCACUUCCUCAUGGCUUGUUCAUUCUGUGCCACGCUUUCCACCUGUACCAGACAGUAAUGGUCUAAACACAAGUUCAUAUAGUUAUCCAACAAGCGGCAUGAAGUUUGGGCAAUCGUUCCUUUGCGUAUCCGUCCAAACGGCAACACUUAACCAAAUCGGCAUGCAGUUGAAAUACAACGAGCCAUCAAUAGUAUAUCAUCGUUUGCCGCAGGAAUUUGAAAAUGAAUUACCCAAUUUGGUAGAUGUCAUUCGAAAUAAAACUGUGGAUGCAUCGCCUUGGUACCACAUAGAAAGCUUCGAAACUUUAGUUGGUCGCAAAUUCCUGUCAUUUGCGAAAAGUGCGAUGUUCAACGACGAUUUGUACAGUGGUUUAGUGGCUGAAGUAUUGCAGUCUGAUCUUUUAGUUGAGUCUUGGAUGAAUGGACCGGGAACUUUGGAUUCGGAAUGUAAUAGGAAUUUCCAGGUCCGAAACAUCGAACGCCUAAAAUUUCCCAUAGCCAAGAUGUCGUUUACCUCUCACAACGACCACUCGAAGUGGGCCGUGGCCGUGGCUCACAAGAUGCACAAUAGUCAGGAUACCAAAGUAGCAGACUACUGGGUGUGUGUCGGAGAUAUUAAUAGAGCUUUGCCCCAAGAGUCCCGUGGUGGUGGAACAGUUUGUACGUCUGGUCCCAUACUUUGGGGUAAUUUCGCGCAUUUAAUCGAAUCUGUUCAAUCUUGUAAUAAUUAG